CGUGACAGCGCGUCCCGGCGGGAGGUUAUUACAGCGACCGUCCGCGAGAUGGCGCUCUCAGCCCGCACGGCUCUCCAAGGCGCAGCGGGGAGGCACCAUUGACUGGAGCCUAACGACCAUUAUUUCGUCAUCAUUUGUAACCAUGGAGCAUGAAUUACCUCUUGAAGUCAUCAGUGAGGAUUUACGACUGGUCAACAAAGGCACGUGAUUCCCGAACGCUCUCCCAUAUUUGGCCGCAUACCUGGCAAAGUACAGUAGGGCUUCAUUGCUUAUAAUUCAUGAUUGCAUCCAUAAAUCGUGCAAGCACACAGGAUUAUAGCGACAAAGAUCUACAAAUCGAGGCUUUAAAAAUCCAAGCAAAUGAGCUCUUACUUUGUAAACUCGUUCUCAGGGCGCUAUCCAAAUGGCUCCGACUAUCAGUUACUAAAUUAUGGGACUAACGGCGCUGUGAGCGGUUCCUUCAGAGACCCUGGCACCAUGCACUCCGGGUCUUUCGGCUACAACUACAAUGGCAUGGACCUAACCGUGAACCGCACCAACACCGGCAACCACUUCGGUGCCGUGAGAGAGGAUGCCCGGGGAUUCGCGCCGGACGCCCGUUACAGACAGACACCCAACUGCUCGCUCUCAUCUCCAGAUCCGGUGCCGCCGUCGUGCGCCACGGCCAGCCGUGAGCCGCUGGAACUAAAAAGCUCCUCUCCUCCUUCUGACCGGAGCACGACCUCCAGCGUCAACAACCUCAACAAAAGCAACAGCGCUCAUUUCACGGAGAUAGAGGACGCCACGGUCGGCUCUGAGACCGAGGAGGGCGCGCACAGCAGCGGCGGAGGAGUAGGAGGAGGCGGCGGCGGCUCCGGCACGGCACCUCGGGCGCAGCAGCAGCAGCAGGACCCCAACGCCACCUCUUCUACUCCCACAUCAAAUGAUUGCCAAUCGCCACAAAUAUUCCCCUGGAUGCGGAAACUGCACAUAAGCCAUGAUAUGACUGGACCUGAUGGGAAAAGGGCCCGAACUGCGUACACCCGCUACCAGACGCUAGAGCUGGAGAAAGAGUUUCACUUCAAUAGGUACCUAACCAGACGGCGGAGGAUAGAGAUAGCCCACGCCCUGUGUCUUUCCGAAAGACAGAUCAAAAUCUGGUUUCAGAACCGCAGGAUGAAGUGGAAGAAGGACAAUAAACUGAAAAGCAUGAGUCUUGUAACAGGAGGCAGCGCCUUCCACAACUGAAUAACUUUUGGGGGAGGAAGAAAAAAAAAGAGUUAAAAUGAUAAUAAUGAUAAUAAAACAACAAAAAAAAGAGAAAAGAAAAGAAAAGAAAAAUCCAUGAGUACUGUAAAGCUAUUGAAAGCGCAGCACCUUCCAGCAUGCUAUUGUGAUAGAAAAAGAAGUAUUCUGUGGUCUUAAAAUGCCAUUUUUAGUUGACUGUUGUUGUAUUAUGAUAGCUUAGAUGUUCCCUAAUUGGAAAAAUAAGAUGUAAAUAUUAUUUUGGGGAGGUGGGGGGGUGUUAAUUGUCUCUCUCUCUCUCUCUCUUUUGCUCUCUCUCUCUCUCUUCUUGAAGGUGUUUCAACUUGAGCUCUUUAUUGUGACUUCUUGACGGUCUAACAGGAGUAAACUCAUUGUACAGUUACACUUAAAAAAUAGUAAAGAAAAAAAAAAUAAUAAUAAUAAUUCCAAACCAUAUGCUGCUCUUCAUUGAAUGUAAACCUAAUGUAUUCCGGGGCCAUUCAAAGCGCUUCAGUGUCAGUUUUUAUGCUAUUUUCUGAUCUUGUGUGGCCAAAAAAAAAAAAUCCAUCAACUUUCAUAAACAAGCCAAUGUGUAGCUCUUUAGGAUAUUUUGUGCAUCUGUUAUUAUUAUUAUUAUAAUUAUUAUUAUUAUUGUUUAGAUCUAAUUAUGAGCAAUGCAAAUGUAUUCAACCUGUCAAUGUGAUAAAUUUUUAGUGCAAAGGGUUAUUCUGUGGAUAGGCAGUGAUGUGAGCUUUUUUCGCCAAUAAGCUUUUUGUAUUUGUAAGUGAACUCAUAGCGCUUGGAAAUAAAAAGUUUCUCUCAAUUGCUUUGAACGUGUCUCGUGAAUUAUCAAGUAGAAAUAUUUUUCUUUAAACAUAUUUGAGAUUAACCUGCACGCAGUAUAAAACAGUUUGACAAGACAAAACAGACUUUUUUUUUUCUUUCU